AUGCCCGGGGUUUUGUCCAAAGACUCUUCGUCUCCGGACGCCCCUGCGUCCCGGGCGAGUCUUCUCCUCGCUCUCUUUCGGCGUUUCUGCCCGGAUAAAACGCGGAAAAGACUCUUUCUCGCGAUGUCUUCGCUCAUCCUGUGCAGCUCCUGCAACCUGGCGACGCCGACGUUGUUGGGAAUCGCGAUCGACGCUGCUUCCAAUUCUGCAGCUGCGAGCGCAGGACAUCCCGCGCGUGGACACCUCGCUGCCACAGGAGGCGCGACGCUCCAAGGGGCUGGCCUCUUUGGUGGAAUAGGAUCUGUCCUUUCGGGUGUAUGUACAGCUGUCGGCCAGGUGUUGCGGGGCGGAGGAAAGGAGGCGCUGAAGAACCAGCCGCCAAAGGUUCUCUUCACGUUGAUUGCUGCCGUCAUUUGCGUCGGAGCCGUCGCCAGCUUCGUUCGAACGUCGCAGCUGGAAACUGCCGAACACGAAAUGCGAGUGGAAGUGAGACGCCAGCUCUUUCGGACUCUUUUGUACAUGCCUCCGUCGCUCUUCCUCUUUCGCUCGCCUGGGCAUCUUCUUCCACUUUUCCUGGAGGACACAGAAGCGCUCGUCUCAGCUUUCACGCAGACGCACGCCCAGGCUCUCCGGUACACCAGCAGCGUGGUGGGGGGCUCUUCGUUGCUGCUUCUCAUUUCGCCGCGCGUCACAGCUCUCGCCCUCGUUCUCCUCCCCCUCGCGGGGUGUUCUGCCAUGCUUCUCGCCAAGCGGCUCCGUCGCCUCCGCGGUAUUCGCGAGAAAGAAGUGCAGGAGUGCACGGCGUUCCUCUCCGACCGGCUGUUCCAUGUGAAGACGGUGUACAUACACCAGGAGCAAGAACAAGAACUCUUUCGCCUGCAGAGCAGACAAGAUCAGGCUCUGGAGGCCGCGAAGGCCGCUGCGAUUGCCAACGGAUGCUUCUUUGGCGGUCUGUCGUUUUCGAUCAACUCGACGGUGCUCGCCCUCCUCACUUACGGCACCACGCUCGUCAAACGGGGCGUGCUGUCCUACGGCAGCCUGACAACCUUCGCCGUUUACUCGUCCAUGGUUGGCGUGGGAUUCAGCGGUCUGACUGCAGUGUUUUCCGAGCUCGCUCGGGCAGCCGAGGCGGGCGAGCGCCUUCACGCGGUUCUGUCGCUCGGAGACGGAGCGUCGGCGCUUGCUGCCGCAGGAGACCGCGCCGAGGGGAGCGGAAAUACGUUGGACACUGCGGAGACAGCCGCGCGUCUCCCGCUUGUCCGCAAGAUUUCCGAGUACCAGGAAGGGCGGGCCUCAGCAGGACAGGUUGCCGAGGCGGUCGUCGGUGAGAUCGCGUUCGCGAAUGUCUCCUUUUCCUACGCGGGAACUGGAGACUUCCAAGAGGGCCUCGCACAGGCGUCUCCACUGGCGUCGCUGGUGCCGUCUCUCGCGGCCUCGCCGGCGGAGGCGCGAAGUUCCUCUGAGGACGGGGGCGAAGGCGCGAUGCCAGAGACAGGCGAGGGAGUGGAGACACCGGAGCCGGGAGCAGGCGCGACAGCCGUGAAAAACAUAUCUUUCGUCGUUCCAGCUGGAUCUCUCACUGCGAUCACAGGAGCGAGUGGCAGCGGGAAAAGUACCCUGCUGAAGCUGCUGACCAAGCAAAUUCACCCUCAACAAGGCACCAUCACCCUUGACGGCGCGGACGUCCAGGCGAUUCCGACGCGGCUGCUUCUUCAAAAACUGCUGGGCGUCGUCAACAACGAGAGCACACCCUUGCUGACCGGGCUGAGUGUUCGGGAAAAUGUCAUGUACGGUUUGUGGACGCCGCCCGGGAGCCCGCCGUGCUCCCAUUUGCCUCCGCGCACGGACGAGAAUCGCCCCGGCGUCACCCCUGGCGAGGCUCCUUCCUCGUCUUCAGCCUCGUCGUCAGGCUCACUCGCCUGCUCGGAGGAACUGUUCGCGGAAGUGUGUCGCCUGUGCAACAUAGACCAAUUUCUGUCUGCUCCGAAUAUAAGCCGAGAAAACAUGCUCGUCGAGGGUACGAACGCGGGCUUCAGCACUGGCGAGCAGCAGCGUCUCGGACUCGCCCGUGCUCUGAUUAAGAACGCGGCAGUCCUCGUUCUCGACGAAGCGACAGCUCACCUGGAUGCGGAGAACGAGAGGGUUCUUCUUCACACGCUGCGUCGCGUCCUGCGAAAGGACCAGCGGCUCUCGGAGAGCGAGAGCGAAGACGACAGGGAGGAAAGCGCGGCGCGGCUUUUGAAGGGCGCGGUGAAAACGGUUGUGCUCAUCGCCCACAGCAAAGCAGCACUGCAGAUGGCAGACACUGUUGUCGUUCUGAAGGAGGGAGAAAUCGUCGAGAGUGGGCCGUUCGACGCGCUGAUCAAAAACAACGGCGAGCUGACGCGGCUGCUGAAACUUCAAGGCGAGCCUUCUGGGGAAGACACGAGCGAGAGAGGAGCAACCGACGGGGCAGAAGCGCCACAGCUCGUCUCUCAAGGCAGCUGGUGGUGGCGAGAGUAG